AUGCGUUGUGUAGCAGGCCUAGUCCUAAUAUUCUUCAUAAGUGUUAGUGACGCGAAAUCCUUGGAAAGUUCUGACAAAUGUCGGGCGCUUCUGGGCGAUGCUUUAAUAAAAGAGAUAGCAUCUUAUGAGAAUGCGAGGGAUGAGAUAUUCAAAUAUGUGCUGGAAGGCGAUUUUAAGAGUAAAACUUACGACGAGCUGGAGAAAUUUGUCGACAAAUUCGGGGCUCGAAUGUCUGGGUCGCAGGUUUUAGAAGAUUCUAUCGAUUACAUGAUCCAGCUGACGCAAGAAGAAGAUCUUAACGAUAUUACCACAGAGGAACUCGAGGUACCUCAUUGGAUAAGAGAACAGGAAAAAAUAACAAUGUUGGAGCCGAGAUCGAAAAGCAUAGCAGUCUUGGGCCUCGGAAGAAGUGUCAGUACUCCACCAGAAGGUAUCACUGCAGAAGUCAUUGUAUUUUCGACUUUUGAUAAAUUGGAUGAAGCUUCAGUUGAAGAUGUUGAAGGCAAAAUAGUUCUGUACGAUCCUGUUUAUACAAACUACGGUGAAACAGUCGCGUACAGGUCUGGUGCAGCUAAAGCAGCUAAAAAAGGUGCUGUAGCGUCACUAGUAAGAUCAAUAGCUCCAUUCUCUAUUAAUUCUCCCCACACUGGCUCCCAGUCAUAUGAUGAAAAUGCCCCUAAAAUUCCCACCGCAGCAAUUACGCUAGAAGACGCAGAUCUUAUUAGGCGUUUCUAUGAUAGAGGCGAAAGAGUCGUUCUAAAUAUCAAAAUGCAAUCAUCCUAUGAAACGAAGACAUCGAGAAAUACAUUGAUUGAUUUGAAAGGUACUAAAAAUCCAGAGAAACUAGUUAUCGUCUCAGGUCACAUUGACAGUUGGGACGUAGGCCAAGGUGCAAUGGAUGACGGUGGUGGUCUCUUCGUUAGUUGGGCCGCGCCAGUUAUACUAAAAAAACUGAACUUAAGACCUAAACGAACUGUAAGAACAAUUUUCUGGACGGCAGAGGAAUUAGGCUUGAUAGGUGCUCGCGCAUACGAAGAGAAGCAUAGAAAUGAAAGUCAGAACAUCAAUUUUAUAAUGGAAUCCGAUGAAGGAACGUUUGCGCCUUUAGGCUUGGUUGUAUCUGGAACUCAGGAGGCUCGCUGUAUUAUAGGAGAAAUAUUGAAAUUAUUUGAAUCUAUUAAUGCUUCUGCUUUAGUUGAGUCGGAUAGUGCUGGGUCAGAUAUAUCAGUGAUUAUAAACACAGGUGUGCCUGGUGCAUCCCUUCACAAUGCUAAUGAAAGAUACUUUUGGUUCCAUCACACUGAAGGAGAUACGAUGAACGUUGAGAGUCCCGAAGAGUUAGAUUUGUGCACUGCGUUCUGGACGUCUUUAGCUUAUAUAAUCGCGGAUAUUUCUGUUGAUAUACCUCGGUAA